GCAUCCACAUGAGCAACCGCCUCCCUCACGCCCAAAGCUGGCGAGCGACAUGGCGCAGCGCUCGACGACCCUCCCGUUCCAACGGCCUCUUUCUUUCCCGAUAUGCCCUCCGCGGGUCGCUGAAUUCCCUCUCGUGUCCCCCGUCUCCUCCGUCGCCCGCCCCUGCCCCCGCCCACGCCGGAGACCUGCCCGGAUCCUAACACUGACGUACCGUCGAACCCGUGGCGGCACCGCCGCUCGCGCCUCGACACCGCAGCAGCAGGUGGAAGAAGAGGAGGUCCCGGCCGGGGAGGAGGGCGCGGGAUGGGGCAAGGUCUCCGCGGUCCUCUUCGACAUGGACGGAGUUCUCUGCAACAGUGAAGAGCUGUCGAGGUUGGCGGGCGUCGACGUCUUCGCUGAAAUGGGUGUCCCCGUGACCACCGACGACUUCGUCCCGUUUAUGGGGACUGGUGAGGCCAAUUUUCUUGGAGGUGUUGCUUCGGUGAAGGGAAUUAAUGAUUUUGAUCCAGAGGCGGCAAAAAGGCGGUUUUUCGAAAUUUACCUUGAUAAGUAUGCAAAACCCAACUCAGGAAUUGGAUUUCCUGGAGCUCUUGAGCUUGUCAUGGAGUGUAAAAGAAAGGGGCUUAAGGUUGCUGUUGCUUCUAGUGCUGACAGGAUCAAAGUUGAUGCCAAUCUGACUGCUGCCGGUUUGCCUGUUUCUCUGUUUGAUGUGAUUGUAUCUGCUGAUGCAUUUGAGAAACUAAAGCCUGCUCCAGAUAUAUUUUUGGCAGCUUCAAAGAGCUUGAAUGUACCCCAGUCCGAGUGUAUUGUAAUUGAAGAUGCUCUUGCUGGAGUUCAGGCUGCAAAAGCUGCACAAAUGAGAUGCAUUGCUGUAACCACUACAUUAUCUGAAGAUAUUUUGCAGCAGGCUGGUCCAUCACUCAUCAGAAAGGAGAUUGGAAGUGUUUCAAUUGAUGAUGUUCUAUAUGGUCGUCACUCUAUUAAUCAUAAUGAUAAGAGGCAAGAAACCCAUCAAAUUGGGUCUCAAAGUGGGACCACUAUGGAUGUUCUUACUGAAGAAGUAAACAGUAGUGCUGUUCAGGAUGUGAAAUUUAUAAGUGAGAAAACUAAUUUUCUUGGAGGGUUGCAGGGUUCUCGUCGUGAGAUCCUAAGAUAUGGAAGUUUGGGAGUUGCUGUUUCAUGUCUUUUAUUUACUGUGGCCAAUUGGAAGGCAAUGCAAUAUGUAUCUCUGAAAGGUUUGAUGAACUUGUUUACACGGGCAAAUCAACCAAUUUCUGGGAAGACUGAAGGAAAAUCACGAUCAUCGAGAAUACAACAGAUGAAAAGUUACUUGUCUGAUUUGGAAGCUAGGGGUUCUGCUUCAAACGUGCCCGAGUUUCCAUCUAAGCUUGACUGGCUGAACACAGCUCCACUUCAGUUUCGCAGGAACUUGAAAGGAAGGGUGGUCCUGCUGGAUUUUUGGACAUAUUGUUGCAUUAACUGCAUGCAUGUUCUGCCAGAUUUGGAAUAUCUUGAAAGGAAGUAUGGUGAUAAGCCUUUCACAGUUGUUGGGGUACAUUCUGCAAAGUUCGAUAAUGAGAAGGAUCUAGAAGCAAUUCGAAAUGCCGUCUUGCGCUAUAACAUCACUCACCCAGUUGUUAAUGAUGGUGAUAUGUACUUAUGGAGAGAAUUAGGAGUGAAUUCUUGGCCUACAUUUGUUGUUGUUGGCCCUAAUGGGAAAAUUCUGUUGCAAAUAUCAGGAGAAGGUCAUCGAGAGGAUCUUGAUAAUUUCAUUGAUGCAGCUCUGCAAUUUUAUGGAGAAAAGAAAUUAUUGGAGAGCACUCGUAUUCCCUUGGCUUUAGAAAAGGAUAAUGAUCCUCGGUUGUCAACAUCACCAUUAAAAUUCCCAGGGAAGCUGGCAGUUGAUGUGCUUAACAACAGGCUCUUUAUUUCAGACAGCAACCAUAAUAGAAUUGUGGUUACUGAUCUCGAAGGGAAUUUUAUUAUUCAAGUUGGGGCUACAGGAGAGGAAGGGCUAAAUGAUGGUACCUUUGAUCGUGCCACUUUCAAUCGUCCUCAGGGCCUUGCAUACAAUCCAAAGAAAAAUCUUGUAUAUGUUGCAGACACUGAAAAUCAUGCUUUAAGGGAGGUUGAUUUUGUUAAUGAGAUUGUAAGAACACUUGCUGGUAAUGGAAUGAAAGGGUCUGACUAUGUUGGAGGAGGACAAGGAACUGACCAGGUGUUAAAUUCCCCAUGGGAUCUUUGCUAUGAACCUUUCAAUGAGAUGAUCUAUAUUGCAAUGGCUGGCCAGCACCAAAUCUGGGAGCACAAUACAUUAAAUGGAGUUACAAGAGUAUUUAGUGGUGAUGGCUAUGAAAGAAAUUUGAAUGGAUCAAGUUCCACCAGCACAUCAUUUGCACAGCCUUCUGGAAUAACAUUGGCUCCAGAUUCACAAGAGGUGUAUGUGGCUGAUAGUGAGAGUAGCUCCAUUAGAUCUGUUGAUCUGAAGACAGGAGGAUCAAGGUUACUUGCAGGGGGGGAUCCACUAAUCCCAGACAAUUUGUUUAGGUUUGGAGACCAUGAUGGAAUUGGUACAGAUGUGCUUCUCCAGCACCCCUUAGGAAUUUUUUGUCGGAAAGAUGGUCAAAUAUACAUAGCAGACUCUUAUAAUCACAAGAUCAAGAAACUGGAUCCAAUUACCAGAAAAGUUACAACAGUAGCUGGAACUGGAAAUGCAGGAUUCAAGGAUGGUCCACCUCAAUUAGCUCGGCUAUCUGAACCUUCAGGAAUUGCAGAAGCAGGUGAAGGAAGGCUGCUUAUUGCAGAUACAAACAACAACAUAAUUCGAUAUAUAGACCUAAAUGAAAAGGAUCCUAUGCUGCACACACUUGAGUUGAGAGGAGUACAACCACCCUCAUCAAAGCCUAAAUUACUGAAGCGCCUUAGAAGACGCCUAUCGGCAGACACUGAAAUCAUUAAAAUCGAUGGUGGCUCAUCAAAGGAAGGAGUCUUCUAUCUCACAGUUUCAGUUCCUGUGGGAUACCAUUUCUCUAAGGAAGCUCGGAGCAAAUUCGAUGUGGAAACUGACCCUGUAGAUGUAAUUAAUAUAGAACCCAUAAAUGGAGAGUUCAGUCCAGAUGGGUCUGCCUCUGUUCAUUUCAGGCGAAAUUCUGCUUCACCGGUCAUGGGAAGAAUAAAUUGCAAGGUUUAUUACUGCAAGGAGGAUGAGGUUUGUCUUUACCAAUCUGUAGCCUUCGAUGUCACAUUUCGAGAAGAAGAACCGGAAUCUACCGAGGCAGUAGUCAAACUUUCAUAUACUGUUCAACCAAGAGUUCCCUCAGGUACUUCACAAUUGAUACUAAGCAAGUAGAACUACUCGGGAUAUACAUAUUGUAAAUUUUCUGUGGAUUGCCAAUCAGAAGUAUUCGAACGUGUAUAGUUGCAAAUUCUAUGCCUCCAUUGAUAUUUUCUUUUCAUAUUUCAUAAGAUCAUAAUUUUGGUUAACUUUUUUUGGCUGAGGAAGCACGUAAUACAUAUUAAGAAUUCGUCCUA